CUGCUGCUGGGGCUGGGGCUGGGGCUGCUGCCCGGCGCGGCGCGCGGCUUCGGGGAGGACGAGGAGCGGCGCUGCGAUGCCAUCCGCAUCGCCAUGUGCCAGAACCUGGGCUACAACGUCACCAAGAUGCCCAACCUGGUGGGGCACGAGCUGCAGGCGGACGCGGAGCUGCAGCUCACCACCUUCACCCCGCUCAUCCAGUACGGCUGCUCCAGCCAGCUUCAGUUCUUCCUUUGUUCAGUCUAUGUUCCAAUGUGCACAGAGAAGAUUAACAUCCCAAUAGGUCCCUGCGGUGGCAUGUGCCUUUCUGUCAAAAGAAGAUGUGAACCUGUUCUGAAAGAAUUUGGAUUUGCCUGGCCAGACAGUCUAAACUGCAGUAAAUUUCCACCCCAGAAUGAUCACAACCACAUGUGUAUGGAGGGUCCAGGGGAUGAAGAGGUUCCCCUUCACAGCAAGACAUCCUUGCAGCCAGGAGAAGAGUGUCACACAAUGGGAUCUAAUUCAGAGCAGUAUAUCUGGGUAAAAAGAAGCCUGAGCUGUGUCCUUAAGUGUGGCUAUGAUGCUGGUCUCUAUAGCAGAUCAGCUAAGGAAUUCACUGAUAUCUGGAUGGCCGUGUGGGCUAGUCUGUGCUUCAUAUCAACAGCCUUCACAGUCCUGACUUUCCUGAUUGAUUCAUCCAGAUUUUCCUACCCAGAGCGCCCCAUCAUAUUUCUGAGCAUGUGCUACAAUAUUUAUAGCAUUGCUUAUAUCGUGAGGCUGACUGUAGGCCGGGAAAGGAUAUCCUGUGAUUUUGAAGAGGCAGCAGAACCUGUUCUUAUCCAAGAAGGUCUUAAGAACACAGGAUGUGCUAUAAUUUUCUUACUGAUGUAUUUUUUUGGGAUGGCUAGCUCCAUCUGGUGGGUGAUUCUGACAUUAACAUGGUUUCUAGCAGCAGGACUCAAAUGGGGCCAUGAGGCUAUAGAAAUGCACAGCUCCUAUUUUCAUAUUGCAGCCUGGGCUAUCCCUGCAGUGAAGACCAUAGUCAUCUUGAUUAUGAGACUAGUAGAUGCAGAUGAGCUCACUGGUCUGUGUUAUGUUGGCAACCAGAACCUAGAUGCACUCACUGGCUUUGUCGUUGCUCCGCUUUUCACCUACUUGGUUAUUGGAACUUUAUUCAUAGCAGCAGGCUUAGUGGCCUUAUUUAAAAUCAGGUCUAAUCUUCAAAAAGAUGGGACUAAAACUGACAAGCUGGAAAGACUGAUGGUCAAAAUUGGUGUCUUUUCAGUGCUAUACACUGUCCCAGCUACAUGUGUAAUUGCAUGUUACUUCUAUGAAAUCUCCAACUGGGCUAUCUUCCGCUAUUCAGCGGAUGAUUCCAAUAUGGCAGUGGAGAUGCUCAAAAAUUUCAUGUCUCUGCUGGUGGGUAUUACAUCUGGCAUGUGGAUUUGGUCAGCCAAGACUCUGCACACAUGGCAGAAGUGCUCUAACAGACUGGUGAACUCAGGGAAAGUGAAACGAGAGAAGAGAGCAGACGGUUGGGUGAAACCUGGGAAAGGGAAUGAGACUGUGGUGUAAACUAAACCUCUGUGCUGACUUAUCUCCCAAGAAAGACUUGUGUAUAAACACUUGCAGUCAAAAUGUUGCUGGGAAGGUGUGGGGAGGUAAAGUACAAAAUCUGUCUCUGAAAAGAAGCCUUAAAGAAUAAGCAAUAAUUUCAAAAACAGAAUAACCAUAAACCACCCUGCCUAAAAUACAAAAGCCCAGGGAGGCUUGGGACACUGUGAAAAAUCUGAACAUUUUGUCACAUUUUUGUAAAGCAGGUUGCAAUGUAUUAAUGUCAUUAGAAGCCACAGGGUCUUGCAUCUAGUUACUUGCAUUGCUGAUUUUCCUGAAUCAUGUUAUAGAGGAUAAGGGUCAAGUUCUGGGCUGAUUUAGGGUCUAAUCCUGUGAGGGGUGGGUGCUCUCAGCUUUAAUUGACAACGUCACUCCCUCUGAACUCAGUAAACUUAAGGCAGGGGUCCCCAAUGGGGUGCCCGUGGGUGCCACGGUGUCUAAGUGCGUCUGCAUACUGGCCGGCGGACAAGCAUC